AUGGACACACUUCCUGUGGAGAUCAUCCUUACCAUCGGUAGUCAUGUCUCUGACGUAGAUGACAAACUCCGAUUGCUUCAAGUAUGCCGACGUUGGCGAGCCCUGUUCCUCGAGGUCGCAUACAACGACGUUGAUAUCGAUGGGCCCCAGAUCGAGCCGCUGACGAAAGUGAUACUGGCCAACCCCCGGAUAGGAACCGCCAUCCGUAAUCUAUCAGUAGGAUGGUGGUAUUCAUACAUUGAUCGCCACGAACAACAAACAAAAAAUGAUGACGAUCUGCCAGAAGCGGCGGAGGAGCUGGCAGGGCAAAUCAGCAGAUCGCCGGAGGAGCAGAAAGACUGGAUCGACAAUCUCCGAGCUGGGAACCAGGAAGCAUGGCUUGCUCUUCUUCUUGCUUCGGUGCCGAAUCUCACCGUGCUGUCUGGGCGAUAUUGUGUAGACGCGCCGAGAGUGACCCUGGUUGUUGCGAGGGCUGCACUCAAGGAACCACCGUUUGAUACCAGGCCGGCCCUGCAGCGAUUGGAAACGCUUCAUAUCACCUCUGACGAUAUGAAGGAUGUCAAUCCACACUGGCAGUUCCUGCCAUUCUUCCAUCUACCAUCGCUUAGGGAUGUGGACUUGGACGCUGUGAAGGAAAUCAGAGAAACGGCCAGACUGGACCACCCCGCCGUGUCUUCCGCGUCAGGCACGGCGCCCGUGGAAUCACUGGUUCUGGAAUCUUACUGUAACGGGAGAAAUGGAAUGGCGGAGAUUAUCACCUCCUGCGCCAACCUCAAAGAAUUUAAAUACCAGCACAACGACACGGAGGUCUGGUCGGAGUCAUACGUUGACUUUCAACCCCGGAAGUUCUACAGGGCGCUGCUGACGCAGAAGCACAGCCUUGAGGUCCUCCAUCUGAGCGACAAUGGCGAGGUGACCGGGCCUGCGACAGAUGAACUGAGCGACGAGGAGGAGAAUGACGGCCCCCAGGCAUAUGAUCGGUGGUUUGGAUCACUUGCGGAAUUCAGUUACCUACAGGAUCUUCGCAUCCGCGUCCAGAACCUUCUCAACUACCAUGAUCGCGAUAAAGACGAAUCCGUCUUGCUUAAGGACAUUCUACCUGCCAGCUUAAGGUCGCUACAUAUAGCCGAAUGCUGGCCAAAACACUGCGCGGUGCUCGUGCCGAAUCUGCAAGGUGUCCUUGCUCAUCACAAGGAAAGCUUCGCUAACCUAAAACGGAUCGGUAUCUCUUCCGGGGUAUCUGAAGACGUUCCUGAAGGGCAGAACAGGUUCAGCUAUCCACGUCAGGAACUGAUUCCAGAAUCACUCAAGAAGCCAUUUGUGCCUGUCAAGGAGAUGUGUGACCGAGCGGGUGUAAAAUUCAAAAUGACGCUGGGUUGGUCGUGUACCAUCAUCAGUAACACACCACAUAAUUUCUUUUCUAGCCACUGA